AUGCCUCACAAAAUUGAGGAAAUCAAGGACUUUCUGCUUACAGCCAGGCGAAAGGACGCCAAGUCUGUCAAGAUCAAGAAAAAUAAGGAUAAUGUGAAGUUUAAAGUUCGAUGCAGCAGAUACAUUUAUACCUUGGUCAUCACAGACAAAGAGAAGGCAGAGAAGCUGAAGCAGUUCCUGCUCCCAGCUUUGGCAGUGAAGAAGCUGAAAUGA